CCGGGCCCUCAGCCCAUGGCUCCACCAGCCCUCAGCCUCAGCCUCCCACGGGCUCUCUCCCGGGCCCCUGGUUCUCCCCUCCCCGGCCUGCUGGCCCCCCGUCAGUCUCUGCAGCCACCCCGGCACCUUUCCCGCUGUCUCACCAGAAAACCAGCCCUAACACGUCAGAGCCCCAUCUCUCAGGUUGGCCUCCUGCCCUCCUGCCCUCCUCCCCGUUCCCUCUCCCCUCCUCCCUCAGCCCCGCCCCAGCCCCUCCCGGCCCCUGGGGCCCUCCCAGCCUCUAGCUCCCCUCCCCGCCCCGCCGACCGGCUGGGCUGGAGAACAAGGGCAGUAGCUCCAGGACGAGGGCAGGGGAGGCGGCAGGGAGGGCCGGACCAGAGGCCCAGGGCGCUGGAGCUGGCGGGAGCCGGACCCGGAGGUAAAGACAGAGCAGCGCCUGGGGUGAGGACUUGGGCGGUAGAGGGAGGCUGGUUUCUGGUUUCCACGAAGGUGGAAGGAGGGGACCCUGUGAUCCUGACUCCCGCUCCCACAGCUGCCCCUUCGCUGGGUCGGGUCAUGCGCUGCCCCAAGUGCCUCCUCUGCCUGUCAGCACUGCUCACACUCUUGGGCCUCAAAGUGUACAUCGAAUGGACGUCGGAGCCUCGGCUUAGCAAGGCCUACCCCGGACCCCGCAGCACCCCGCCAGGCCCCACGCCAGCCUGCCCUGAGCCCACCCUGCCGGCUAACCUUUCAGCCCGUCUGGGCCAAACUGGACCGCUGCCCACGGCUUACUGGAACCAGCAGCAGUGGCGGCUGGGGACCCUGCCCAGCGGGGACAGCACUGAGGCGGGGGACUGCAAUGCCUGGGGGGCUGCUGCUGCUGCCGAGAUCCCAGACUUCACCUCCUACCCCGAGGACCUCCGCCACUUCUUGCUAUCGGCAGCCUGCCGGAGCUUCCCACGGUGGCUGCCUGGGGGUGGCGGCGGCCAAGUGGCCAGCUGCAAGGAUUCUGACGUCCCCUACCUGCUACUGGCCGUCAAGUCAGAACCAGGGCGCUUCGCGGAACGACAGGCCGUGAGGGAGACAUGGGGCGGGCCGGCUCCGGGGGUCCGGCUGCUCUUCCUGCUGGGGUCCCCAGCAGGCAAGAGGGGGCCUGACUUAGGCUCCCUGGCAGCCUGGGAGAGCCGCCGCUACAGCGACCUGCUGCUCUGGGACUUCCUCGACGUCCCCUUCAACCAGACGCUCAAAGACCUGCUGCUGCUGGCCUGGCUUGGCCACCACUGCCCCAGUGUGCGCUUCGUCCUGCGAACCCAGGACGACGCCUUCGUACACAUCCCUGCCCUGCUGGACCACCUGCGGGCCCUGCCGCCCAGCAGGGCCAGAGGCCUCUAUCUGGGCGAGGUCUUCACCCAGGCCAAGCCCCUCCGGAAGCCUGGAGGACCCUUCUACGUGCCUGGGUCCUUCUUCGAAGGCAGCUACCCGGCCUACGCGAGCGGGGGCGGCUAUGUCAUCGCCGGGCGCCUGGCACCCUGGCUGCUGCAGGCAGCGGCCCGCGUGGCCCCCUUCCCCUUUGACGACGUCUACACAGGCCUGUGCUUCCAAGCCCUGGGCCUGGCGCCCAGGACCCACAAAGGCUUCCUCACGGCCUGGCCAGCGGACCGCACCGCUGACCCCUGUGCCUUCCGCGACCUGCUGCUGGUGCGGCCCCUCAGCCCCCAGGACAGCAUCCGGCUCUGGAAACAGCUGCAGGACCCUCAGCUCCAGUGCUGAGCCUCGGCGUGGAGGGGCGGGCAGACCUGGCCUGGGUCUCGGCACCGGCCCCUGGCUCAGCCUCUCCUUCCAGUCCUCGGUGUGAAAUGGAGCCUGCUCGAGCCCCUCCUGGGCCUCCCUAGGCCAGAGGCCUCCCCAAGAGGCAACGGACUUUCUGUCUUUUUGUUUUUUAAAAAUAUGCUUUCCCUCCUGAGGCCUGGAGUCGC